CUCCGCCUGCUCCACCAGCUCCGGUACACAAAACAGAAUUCUUAAUUGAACCAACAGCAAACUCUGUCCAAGGAGGCACAGUUGAAAAUUGCCAUUUUUUAAAUGUAAAUUUCUCUUUUUCUUGGAAGAAGAGAAGAAAUCGUGUCAUUUGAGCAAAAUGGCUAAACAAAGAGUUCAGGACCUGAUGUACCCCUCCUUUGCUGAGGAGAAGAGGAGGCACAAGAAGAAGCGUCUGGUGCAGUCGCCGAAUAGCUACUUCAUGGACGUCAAAUGCAUGGGCUGCUACAAGAUCACUACCAUCUACAGCCAUGCUCAGACAGUGGUGCCCUGUGCUGGCUGCUCAACAAUCCUCUGCAGGCCCCGUGGAGGGAAAUGCAAACUAACUACGGGAUGCGCCUUCAGGAGGAAAUAUCAUUGAGAGGAAAUGUGGCAGCACACACCCUGACUGGCAGGAUCACGGAUGAACUCGAGUGUGUCAACGGCGACAGAUGCACUGGUCUGACAACUUCAGCCCACGAUACCUGCUUAUUAAAUCAUGGCGUGAUUUAAUACAUGUGCUUGAAAAAAAAAAAUCAACACUAGACUUGUCAUCUGCAGUGCGCUGUACGUCCAUUUACACCGUCACUGAUGAUUUACAGUCAGUUUCCUAAAAAUGUCGACAAACACUCAUAUACUCAUGGCAAAAUACCUCAAAUGAAAUGUUUUUGUUGUAAAACCAUCACACAUCAUUGGAAUGCACCCCCCCAACAGUCAAAUCAGUCAACAUUUUGUAUAACAUUUAUUAGGUGACAUGGAUCGGAUUUAUGAAGUACUUCAAAUAUGUAUGUAAUCACAAUUGGAGGCUAUUUUAAAUGGCGCUGGCAUGAGAUGACAU